AUGCCUGUUCCAACCAAGCUUCUAGCUCGAGCCACAAUCCCGCUGGACGGUGGAUUAGAACGGAAGUUGAAGGAUAAUAAUACAGCGAUCAUCGCUGAUACACUUAAUUUUGAAACCCUCUCUAUUCACGACUUGAGCGGGUCGAUGCUCAAUCCAGAAACGCUGCUUCAGGAGAUCAUCACAGGACAUCUAGACUCUUACGUUUGGCUGGCCACGCAGAAGGCGUUAGACGCUUUCCUCGAGGAAAACGGGACAGAGAUGCGCCAAGAGCACGUCACACUGGCAGUAGAACACCUCUUCACGGAGCUGGCAUGCGCCAUCGGAGAUCAUGUGCAAGGACCGCACAUCACUUUCGUUGACCCUCGAGCGCAUGGGAACACUGCCUCUCUUGUUGCCUCUGCGAAUCGUCUUAGGAAAAUGCUUUCUCGCAGAGGGGUCCCGAAAAGCAGUAUCGUUGUCAGCAUUCCUGCAACCGAUGCAGGGAUACUUGCUGCUCAGAUGUUGCAGAAAGAGGGAGUAUUUGUGAACUUAUAUCUCGUUAGCUGCCUCAUGCACGCAGCCGCCUGCGUCGAGGCUGGUGCAACCACUAUUUCAAUCCCCGUCGGACCCCUUCUGAAAUGGCACGAGAAAAGAUUUCCUGCUCUAAGUCGGACCUUGAACGACCAUCCCGGAGUCGAAGCCAUCCACGCCAUUUUGUCCUAUUUCAAAGUGAACAAGGUCAAGACCAAGGCGCUUGGGAUGAACUUUCGAAGCGCAAAGUAUCCGACGGAGAUUUUAAGCAACGCCGGUGGCUUCAGCAAACGCCUCUCGACGGAAUCCCGCAUCCUGACGACUAAAUUUCUCCAUGAAUCUCUAAGAGACCUGGGAGACGCCAUGGACACAAUCGACCUGCUUGUCUGCGACGAAUUGGAAGUGAAACUCAAACGAUACAUCGAUUACGAGAUUAGCGACUGCUGGAGCACCAGACCUGAGGAGGUUAGGAGUGAGUGGCUUCGUCCGAUUAAAGAAAAGCCCGAACGACCUAGCAAAAAAUCUGUCGAUAAGCCUCCCAAACGCCCGAAAGCGGCGAAGACCCUGAUGGAUGAAGUUUUCUAG